GCUGCUCGAGACCUCUUCUUCGCUCUUUACUCGAGGAAAUUUGUGACUUUGUUUCUCGCGUGUUGCAAAGUUACAAAUCCACAAAACUGCCUUUUCCUGCUGAAUUUAUCGCCCUUUUUUUCGCGAAGCAGGAGCUUCAAUAUACUCCCAGGUGAACCUGGAUGCGAUGAAUUUGUGCUUCGUUCAAUUACAAAGGAUUUCAUUCUCUGUGCCAUCCAUUAAAGCGUUCCACGCGGAUUAGUUCUUUCGUGCCAAAACUUAUUUGAAUUUGCCGCCCAUCAGACGUUUCCACCUAGGCUGCGGGCUCCAACUUGCCCCAGGUAGAAGCUGAUUCUGUUCUAAAACAUACCUUGACAAGUAGGACUAAGUCCGAGUAAUGAGGACCAGACAUGACGAAACUGAACUAGAUUCCUCGUCGCUUAAAUCAGUUCAAAAUGAAAUUGGUGAAACCGAGGAAAAGAGGAAGCGAUCCCUACAAAUUCUUAAAAAGAAUCUUUCCGAAGUUUCAGGCUUAAAUCCAUGCUUAGAUGACAUAUUCCUGCUGAGAUUCCUCAGAGUAUCUAAAUUUGACUGUUCCAAGGCAUAUAACAGGAUUUUGAAAUUCUACCAGCAUCACAAAGCACAUCCAAAUGUCUACGGUGAUUUUUUGCCGAGUGCAAUCGUCAAAGCCAAAGACACGAGGAACCUUUUCGUCCUUCCCUUUAGAGCGAAAGAUAACAGUGUCAUACUUGUUUGUCAAAGAAAAAUAUAUGACUCUACAGCAAUAUCUUACGAUGAAAUCGUGAGAAUGCACAUGCUGAUGCUUGAAACUCUGCUAAUGAAUCCUGUGACUCAAAUGUGCGGCGCCACAAUCAUCGUGGAUUUGCGAGUCUCUGCAAAUUUAAGCGAGUACACGCCAUCAAGGUUACGUUUCAUUUCCGAACUGUUGAAAAAUGGGUCUGCUGCACGAGUCAAAGCCAUUCACAUCGUAAAUAUUCCAUCCAUUUUCUACUUACUGUACAGUCUUGCACACCCUUUCUUUCCAGCUAAAAUAAAAAACAGGUUAAUUUUGCACUCAAGAUAUGACAACUGGAAGAGCCUGCAUUCUCAUAUUCCACCAGAUAAUCUCACUGAAGAAUAUGGGGGAAAUUUAAAGCCGUGUGACGUCAUAAACAUUGUUGACAAACUGAUCGAAAAUGAAGAUCAUUUCCGAAAACGACUGCAAUAUGGUUUUAAAGACAUAAAAUGAAUAUCGCAUUUUAUAAAUUCUAUCUUCGUUGCAGCAGUUAACUGUACUUAAUAAGGGAGCUGAAAUGUUUUUUUUUUUUAUUUCACAUGUCUUCUGCAUGAAAGAAAGUACAGGGUGUCCUGAAAAAGACUGUCUGUUUUCAAAAAUUUAUAACUGGAAAAAAAAAAUUGUUAAAGAACAUUCAUGUGGUGGGAUGUAAAUUUUUUCCCACAGAGUUCCAACUUUUAGUUCUAAAAGUUUUAAAAUAGAUGGCGCUGCAAAUAGUAACCCUGUUGGACAACUUCGGAACGGCGGCCAUCUUAUGUCCAAAGAUGCUCACUCCCCGUAGACCGUAAUGCAUCUUCUGAACCAAAUAUCACUGUACAUUGUAUCGAAAAAAUUGGAAGCUAGUUAUGAUAUUAUGAAAUGAAGUAUGCAGAUCACAAAUAUCUGUGUGUUUUCUAUCUUUAUGAACAAGUUUUUGAGGAAAAAAUUUCCUUUGUAAGCGCUAUGACGAUACGAAACGAUUGGCGCCGGAUUGCCAGACUUGGCGCUAACUCCGUUCAAUGAAAAUACGAACAGAAAAAAAAAAUCAGUCUAUUCUUUAAAGAUUUCAUGUCCUAUAUUCCGUGAGAAAACUAGAAAUUCACACAGUGCAGCAUUUCGAGCUGACAACACUUGGACUAAACAUGGCGGACAGCGGCGCGCCGUUGUCCAAUCUCUCCGUAUAUAGGCUAUCUCUAUAACCCUGUAAGUCAAAAACGAAGAAAUGAAAGUCACCGAUUUUUAAUUCAACUGCGACAUGUGAUUGCAGCCGACGGUCGACAUUUUGAAAAAAUGUUACGUAAUUUUGUUCAUUAAAAACAUUUUUCGAAAAAUUAUGAUGAAGUGUUCAAUCUUUCUUUGAUUAACGGGCUUACAAUCUGGAUCGCCAUCUAUUGGAAAAUUAUUGAACUAAAUUUCGCUACUUUGGAAGGAAAAAAAUUUCCCGUCACUUAAAUUUUCUGCAAGAAAGGUAAUUUUAUCAUUUAACGUUUUCCUGUACUAAAUUUUCCAAAACAGUCAGUCAUUUUCAGGACACCCUGAAUAAAUAUCAGCUUUGAUCAUGCAUGACGGCAAUGAAUAAAAUGAAAAACUGAUCCCCAAAAUUUGAAAUGAGCCAAGUAAAACCACGAAAUAUUACCAUUUUACUUUGAUAUGUGUGGAAAAAUUACGAAAAAGCCAUUCAUUCAAUAAAUAUUUCUUUUAAUGCGCCUACAUAAA